UAACUCUCUGAUAUUAUUCUUUGCAAGAAAAUCUUGAAGAAACGAUUCCACAUCAUAGAAGAUAUGCAGAUUUACAAAGUCAGAUUGUAGUGAAAGGCUGCCAGUUAAAUUUGUUUGUUACUGAAAUACAUUUAUGUUAAGAAGAUUUUAAGAAUGGAUAAUAAUUUCAUCCAAUUAACAGCAGUAUCAACUGAUACAGGCCUGUCUGAACCUCAUCUACCGGUCACAUUUCAAACAGAUUCAAGCAGCAAGGAUGGGUUAUCAAUUGAUGAAUCAGGGAUGUUGUCCAAUGGAACUGUGUUUGUUGAAAGUCCAAGAGGGUUUUUACUGCCAUCAACUGAUGGAGAGGGGAAUAUUACCUAUAGUACAUUAACUGGUACAGUAGAUGAGGCUGGUAAUAGAUUGGUACAUCUACCAGUCCAGUUGUUUCUGCCUACUGGUGAAGAUGGUUUAGUAGAUAGUACAGACUAUGAUGUCAGUAAGAAGAUAUUAUGCAUACAGACUAUAGAUACCAAUACAGCCUCUACGGUCACACAGACUAAUAAUGCUAAUAUGCCAAAACGGAAAGGUGGAUGGCCGAAAGGUAAAAAGAGGAAGAAUACACCAGAAGUAAAGGCACCCAGAGCUCCACUUUCAGGUUAUGUUAUAUAUGCUAUGGAAAGAAGACAACAGAUCAAAGAAAUUAACCCUGAAUUACCAUUUGUGGAAGUUACUAAAAUAUUGGGUCAAGAAUGGUCCAGCAUGUCGACUGAUAAAAAACAGAAAUAUUUAGAUGAGGCUAGUGCAGACAAGCAGAGAUAUAUAGAUGAAUUAAAAGUUUUUCAACAAUCUGAACAGUAUAAAAAUUAUAUAAUGAAAAAACGAAAGUUAAAACAGAUAAAUGGUGGUGAUGUUAAUGAUAUUAUAGAGUGUAUUAGUGAUAACUAUAACCCUAUUAUAGAUGUAGAGGAUGACUCCGUAGGUGAGCUACAUUGUCGAGUUUGUAACCAAUAUUUUAGUUCAUUACAUAAUAAAAAAGAGCAUAUGUUUGGUCGACAACAUUUACAAGCUAUUACAGGUGAUUUAGAAAAAGAAUUGGCAAAUGAACAGGCACAACAACAAUUACAACAACAUCAAAAUUCAAUAGAAAGGUUAACAACAACUACAACAGUGACUUCAAGUUUACCUGGUGAUACUAUAUCAAUAUCUCCUCUGACCUCCUCCCCACACUCCUCAUUUGACUCACAACAUGUAGCUGAUCCUUUAGAUAUGCAGUCUUUUAUUGAAAAUUUCCUUCAAAAAAACUCAGAAAGAGAACAAGAAAUCAAAUGUCUGCGAAGAAAUGUUCAAAAGGCUCAAGAAAAACACUUAUCAAUGUUAAAAGAAAUUCAGGAGCUUCAGGAUUAUCAAGAGAAAUCCACUACAGAUUUAAAAAAUAUGGUUAAUUAUUCUGGUUCUGUAUCAGCCCAAAUAGACGGACUGAAAAUGGUGCCAACCUUAUUUGGAGUGAUCAAUUUUUGAUGGAGAUGAGACAAUUAGGAAUUGAUUAUUUAUUUAUUAUUUUUACAAUAUAUACAAAAUAUAUAGAGAUACAUUUUUAAUCUGCUGAAGUUGAAAGUUGUGUGUGUUGACAUUUAUAAACAAAUUAAUGUUGCUCCUAGUCAAAUAUUGGAUUUAUCUCCCUUUUCCUAACGUUCUGAUGAGAAUUGUUGUUCUUUAACCCUCCUUUAUCGCGAUAAGUUAAUAAAUUACUAAUAGAGGGAAAGUUAAUACUUUAGUAAGUAAAACAUAUAACAAUAACCAAAUAUUUAAAGAAGCUGACGAUAUACUAUUCCUGACAUUUAUUAAUGUUUUACAUGCUCAUACAUGCUUGUAUGAGAAUGUGAAACGUUGAGUUAAUAAAUGUCAGAAAUAGUAUAUUGCUAUAUGUAUUACAAACAGUACCAAAUGUUUCUUAAUUACAUUUAAGUUGGAAAGUAAAUAUUUGACUUUUUAAGCAAUUUAAAGUUUUUUGUGUGAGAUUUUUUUCUGGAUAGACUCUUAAGUCAAGGUUUAAUCGACUAAGACGAAAAAACAUUUUUCCCUUUUAACAGAUGUAUUUCAAAUCUCAUCAUGUAUUUUGUGUUUAUAUUAUUGUUACUGUAUAAAUUGUUAAUGAUACCCUUAUUUAUAUAUUUCUUAACUUAAAUUAAUAAAAUAUAUAAGCUUAUCUUAUAUCUUGUCUAAGCUGAUAAUGACUGGUGGCUUGCCAUGCACUUUUAUUACAUAGCAGAUAAAGAGUUCUAAAUUCUUCAAAUAACCAAUUUACUGCCAUUUUAGUAUACUAUAAAUAAGGUUCAUUUAUGACAUUAUUUUCAUGAUUAAAUUCAUUCAAGAAAAUACAAUAUUGUCACUAGCAACAGAUUUUCUUUAUGAAAGAUUGUCAGUUUGUUUCGACAACAUUUUUU